AUGUUCCUACCGUCGAAGAAUUUUUGGCAAGCGAUAGCUUUCGCGUGUUCCCUGUCAAAUAGUUCGCAUAUGAUAUUUUUCCACACGCCAAUUUAUAAAUUACUAUGUUCAUCGAGCAGACGACUUGAACCUUCUUCAGCACGGCGCUGUCCGAAUCAUUAUGAUAUUUCCCCCAGACCAGCUGUCGCUGACUUCAGUCGUCGUGUUCCUUUAAUGGGCAGCGAUGAUCCGAUUUGCAAGAUCUGCAAGGUUAUUUUGAAACAUGGCACGACCGCGGUUUUAGAUGGUCACCCUACUCUAGUGUCACAUUUCCAUACGCCGCAUCUCGGAGAAUGUAAUUGUGUCAUAGUUUCAGCUGCCAUAACCUUACAUGCCUCAAUACUUCUGAUGUCUUGUUUAGGUGAUGUGAGCUGUGCCACACCAUGUCAAAACGGUGGCAAGUGUACUGGCAAAAACACAUGCACAUGUCCUGCUGGUUUCAGUGGCGCAACUUGUGAAAACACUCAGCCUAUCUGCAAUCCUCCGUGUCAAAACAAUGGAAAAUGUGUUGCCAAAAAUACGUGCAAAUGUCCUGAUGGUUACAGCGGUGCAACUUGUGAAAUCGGCUCCAGUGGUUUAUCCAACGACCGGUACACGUGUGAAGAAAAGCCAGUGUUCCAAAUCACAUUUGGUGCCGGCUCUGCGCCAUAUUCGAAGGCAAAACCAUCUGACUUCAGUUUCAGCACAACUUAUCAACAACUGUUCGAACCCAAACCAAACGAUGGACAAUUUUCAAUUGUUAACAGUGUUCGACCAGAUCGCGAAUGGGAUGUGUGGCUCAAUGUCCCGCAAGAUCAUACAGGUGACAAAAACGGAUACAUGUAUUUGGUGAAUGGUGACUAUAACCCUGGUCAAUUUUACAAUGGCACAAUAAAGGAUUUGACGGUCGGCCAGAGAUAUGAAUUCUCGGUCUAUCUCGCUAAUCCUAUGGCAGUUUCGGGUAUUAAACCAAACGUUGUAUUUGAAGUACGCAGUACGACAGCUGACAAGACUUUACUUGCCCGACUAACAACAGGUGACAUACCAGAGGACAAGACCAUCACAUGGAGAAAAUAUGGUAUCUCAUUUAUUGCUUCAACCACGACAGUCAAUCUCCUGAUGAUUUCAAAUGCACCUGGUGGAUCAGGCAAUGAUAUUCUUAUUGACGAUAUCACAUUACGUGGCUGUUCAGGUGAUGUGAGCUGUGCUUCACCAUGUCAAAACGGUGGCAAAUGUACUGCUAAAGACACAUGCACAUGUCCUGCUGGUUUCAGUGGUCCAACCUGUGAAAGUGGUACAUUACACGAUUCUCCCUCGUCAAACACACCAAUCACAGAUGCUGCUCCUACUACAGCUGCUCCCAGUACAGCUGCUCCAGAAAAACCAACCACUGAAGCUGCUCCAAGUACAGCUGCUCCCAGUACAGCUGCUCCCACUACAGCUGCGCCAGAAAAACCAACCACUGAAGCUGCUCCAACUACAGCUGCUCCCACUACAGCUGCGCCAGAAAAACCAACCAACGAAGCUGCUCCAACUACAGCUGCUCCCACUACAGCUGCGCCAGAAAAACCAACCAAUGAAGCUGCUCCAACUACAGCUGCUCCCACUACAGCUGCGCCAGAAAAACCAACCACUGAAGCUGCUCCUGCUACAGCUGCUCCUACUACAGCUGCACCAGAAAAACCAACCACUGAAGCUGCUCCUACUACAGCUGCGCCAGAAAAACCAACCACUGAAGCUGCUCCUGCUACAGCUGCGCCAGAAAAACCAACCACUGAAGCUGCUCCUGCUACAGCUGCUCCCACUACAGCUGCUCCUACUACAGCUGCACCAGAAAAACCAACCACUGAAGCUGCUCCUGCUACAGCGGCUCCCACUACAGCUGCACCAGAAAAACCAACCACUGAAGCUGCUCCUGCUACAGCGGCUCCCACUACAGCUGCACCAGAAAAACCAACCACUGAAGCUGCUCCUGCUACAGCUGCUCCUACUACCGCUGCUCCCACCACAGCUGCACCAGAAAAACCAACCACUGAAGCUGCUCCUGCUACAGCGGCUCCCACUACAGCUGCACCAGAAAAACCAACCACUGAAGCUGCUCCUGCUACAGCUGCUCCUACUACAGCUGCACCAGAAAAACUAACCACUGAAGCUGCUGCCACUACAGCUGCACCAGAAAAACGAACUACACAAACGGCUAACAAGACUCGUCCGUCGAAAGAAAGCACCCGUCACCCACAAAAACCAACAACACAAGCUCCUCGCAGCACUCGUCCAGCCAAAGAAAGUACGCGUCAUCCACAAAAGUCAACUAGAGAAGCUGUGGUUAGUACGGCUCAAUCAGGAAAACCAACGGGACAAGUCGCCCAAAGUACUGCUCCGGCGAAAGAAAGUACUCGAAAAGCAGGACCGGAAGGAACUACUGUAGUACCAUCUAGCUAUCCAGGGCAAACUACCGCUGGAGUAGAUGAUGGUUCACCUGAAGAGGAUGAUAAUGGACAAUCGAGUGAAUCGUCAACCGUGGAUGACAGAAACAAGUAUGGUGGUUGUAAAGGAAAGCGAAAAGGUGUUAGCGAUGACAACGACGAUGCAUCAGGGGAUAUAGAUGACGAUCAGCAACCUGCAUAUCGCCGUCAUCCAUCUGGCAAAAAACGUUCUCGCAAUGGAAUCAAACGAAUUACCACAAGUGUAUCAGAUGUUACUCUGAAUAGCAAUACUUAUAAUGGUCAAUGUGGACAAUGUGCACUACGUUAUAUUUUUUCUUCAUUUAUUAUCGAGAAUGUUACAAUUGAACGACUAUCAAGAGUUGCUGACAAAAAGUUCGUUCUACAAUUCAAAGAAAGUUUAAAGCGUGAAAUAAAAAAACAUGAAGCAAAAGGAUUAAAACAUGUCAAAGUUACAAGUUUAACUACAUUUAAUCGUGAUAAUUUACUUGUGGAGUUUGUUUCUGUUGUCAAUCCAAAAUAUAAUCGACAAAUAAGAAGUGCUAUACAAAAAGCUCUUCUCACCCUCAAUCUCGACGACUCAUUCCAAAAGCAAAUCUAA